UACACCCUUUUUAAAUUACCCAUAAAUGUAAAAUACAUUAAUCUCCCUCGCUUAUUCAUACACACACACCAACCAUUGCAAUAAAAUCCAAUACCAUCGAUCUCAAAUAUAUACGCUCUAUCGAUUCACGUGAUCUUUUUCCUCAAGUUGAGCUGAUUUUUGUAGUUUACGCUAAAUUUAGAUAUAUAUCGGAAUGAGAUUGUGAGGGAAGGGAUCGACAAGAAGAGAAGAGAAGAGAGGGGAAUUAGAUAGAAGGGUGAAGAUGAGUGAGGGGCAGAGGUUUCAACUGGGGACUAUUGGGGCACUGAGUUUGUCGGUGGUUUCAUCUGUUUCAAUUGUGAUUUGCAACAAGGCGCUUAUUACCACACUUGGUUUCUCUUUUGCUACAACUUUGACAAGCUGGCAUCUUCUGGUCACAUUUUGUUCCCUCCAUGUGGCUUUAUGGAUGAAAUUGUUCGAGCACAAGCCUUUUGAUCCUAGAGCUGUGAUGGGCUUUGGUGUCCUGAAUGGGACUUCCAUUGGACUUCUGAAUCUUAGCUUGGGUUUCAACUCUGUUGGUUUCUACCAGAUGACAAAACUGGCAAUUAUCCCCUGCACAGUUCUUUUGGAGACUAUUUUCUUCAGGAAGAAAUUCAGUCGAAAUAUCCAGCUUUCACUUUUGAUCCUUCUUUUGGGUGUUGGGAUUGCAACCGUGACUGAUCUGCAGCUAAAUGUCCUGGGAUCUGUAUUAUCUCUGCUUGCAGUUGUUACAACCUGCGUUGCUCAGAUUAUGACCAAUGCCAUCCAGAAGAAGUUUAAAGUUUCUUCAACACAACUCUUGUAUCAAUCUUGUCCCUAUCAGGCAAUCACCUUAUUCAUCACUGGCCCAUUUGUAGAUGGGCUUUUGACAAAUCUGAAUGUCUUUGCUUUCAAGUAUACUCCUCAAGUGCUGGCCUUCAUUGUUCUAUCGUGCCUCAUAUCGGUCUCUGUGAACUUCAGUACCUUUCUUGUAAUAGGAAAGACAUCUCCAGUCACCUAUCAGGUCUUAGGACAUCUUAAAACAUGCCUAGUUUUGGCGUUCGGCUAUGGUCUGCUCCAUGACCCCUUUAGCUGGCGAAACAUUCUAGGAAUUCUCUUCGCUUUGGUUGGGAUGAUACUCUAUUCCUAUUGCUGUACACUUGAGAGCCAACAAAAGGCCAACGAAGCAUCUGUACAGCUGUCCCAGGCAAAGGAGAGUGAAUCUGAACCUCUAAUGAGUGUGGAAAACGGAGCUAGUGUCUUAGCUGACAGCGUUGUUUCAAAAAGCCCUGCAUGGAGUUCAAACAAGGACCUGCGUGCAUGAAGCUUCUUCAAUCUUUAUUUAUUAAUUUUACCCUAGUUCAAAAUUGAUCGACAACUAUUCCAGCGAUGAAGAUGUCGCUUCUAGGAUCUCCAUGUAUUGUAUGACACAGGGCUGGCUUGGCCUUUUUGAGGAGAUGAAAAAUUCUGUUCUAGUGUUUACUAGAAUUAAAAGGAAAUGUUUUUGGUUUUUUUGUUGUAGCAGUUUUGUUUAUUAUUAUCUUUGUAAGAGUUAGGUGUGCCAAUAGAAUGGGUAUUUGCAGAUGGCUAUUGUUGUUCCCGAAUACAUGUAACAGUCUCCCCUUUUAACUGCAAUUUAUGUCAAGAUUGAUUUUUCUGUUAA